CGAUGAGGAACGCACCGCUCCGCCUGCAGCUCGCGUCUCGGGCCGUCUGCACGCUGGUUCAGCCGCCGCUGCCGCUCUGGUACAACGACCACUACCAGGUCUCGCUGCCGUCAACAUCCUCGUUUCCGAUGGAGAAGUACAGGUAUAUCCGCGAGGCGCUGCAGCGGGAGCUCGAGGCCGCCGGCAAGGCCACCUUCCACGAAUCGCCGCUCGCGUCGGUCGAGGACCUCACGACGGUCCACGACGGCGAGUACGUGCGGCGCUACCUGGCCAACGAGCUCUCCCACAAGGAGAACCGGCGGAUCGGCUUCCCGUGGUCGGAGGCUGGCAAGCUACGCGCUCUCUCGUCGACGGGUGGGACCGUGGCGGCGAUGCACGCCGUCUGCCGGCCGGGUGGCGCCCGCUUCGCAGGCCACAUCGCGGGCGGGACGCACCACGCGUUUGCAGACCGCGGCGUGCGCGCUCCGGGACUACCCUGCCAUCCGGAGAGUGCUGCUGGUCGACCUGGACGUGCACCAGGGGAACGGCAGCGCGCGCAUCUUCGCCGCCGACGGGCGCGUCAAGACCUACUCUCAGCAUUGCGAGGGCAGAGAGAGCCGAGAGAGAGCCGAGAGAGAGCCGAGGGACAGCCGAGGGAUGGCCGAGGGAUGGCCGAGGGACAGCAGCACUCGAUCGCGCAAGAGGAGCCGGAGGGGAACGGACAGUCCGACCGCCCCAACCGUACCCGAGCCCCCUCUGAAAAGGGCAACCUCUUCUCGGCACGCGAGGCGUCGGACCUCGACGUGGACGUGCCGGUGGGGGAGGGCGACGACGGCUAUCUCGCGCUGUUGGGCGAGCACCUGCCAAGGUUCCUCGAGGCGACGCAGCCGGACCUGGUCUUCUUUCAGGGCGGCGUCGACCCGCACCAGGCGGACCGGAUCGGCCGGCUCGAGCUCAGCACCGCGGGCCUCAAGAAGAGGAACGCACUCGUGUACCGGCUCGUCAGCGGGCUGCAGAGCGCGCCGCGGCUGGUGGUGACCUUGGGAGGAGGCUACCCCCGCAACCUCGAGCCGUCGUCGCCGCCCUUCCACCAGGUGGUGCAGAGCCACAUGGACGUGUACCGCCAGUGCGCCGCGGCGCACGCGAGGCUGUGACCCACUUUGUGGCGCACACGUAGGGCCUCUCGUUGCACCUCAUAAAAGUCAUAUUUUCUCAU